CUUCACAUGUGAAAACCAACCCUCUGUUCCUUUCCUCCAUAACUAACCCAGUCCACCCUCCUAACCCGACUUCAUUGGAUCCAGAUUUCUCUCCCCAACCUCAUUGCACCCCAUUUCUCAUAUCAUUCUACAUAAAUCCCCGUAGCUCAGGCCGGAAUUGGUUUCGAAAUAGCCGUGAUGCCGAUGCCGGCUGGGCCAGCAUCACCAACCGAUCAUGCUCCGCCCCUGGGACCUACUAUGGUGCCGAUGCAAUCCACUCCCAUUAUGGUUUCGGACUCAUUUGCUAAAGAUGCUAUCAUUUCUUGGUUCCGCAGCGAAUUUGCCGCUGCUAACGCCGUUAUUGAUGCUCUCUGUGGUCACCUCGCUCAGCUCAGUGCAGCCGCUGGGGCCUCCGAUUAUGAAUCUGUUUUUUCUGCAAUUCAUCGUCGGAGACUGAACUGGAUACCGGUCAUUCAAAUGCAGAAGUAUCACUCAAUAGCUGAAGUGGCGGUGGAGCUUCGCAAAGUCGCCGAGAAGAAGACAGAGGCCAAAGAAAAGGGUCGAGAUAACAGAAAGAGUGAGGACGCGGACACUUGUUUGGAGGACAAAAAGAAAAUCAAUCCGAAAAUAAUGGACAGUGAUGGAAAUGGCGGUGACGAGGCUCCUGAAGAGUAUGAUUCACCGGAAAGUGAAAUUACCGAUUCAGGAUCUCAAGAAAUGCAAGCCAGUUUGAUGAACAGCAGUAUAUGCUUCAACCACGAAGAAUGUGAAGGACGUAAUGCCCAGAUAAAGUUGACAAAAGGCUUCUCGGCGAAGGAGUCGGUGAAGGGGCACAUGGUGAAUGUGGUGAAAGGAUUGAAGUUAUAUGAGGACGUUUUCUCUGAUUCAGAACUCUGCAAGCUCUAUGAUUUCGUCAAUGAGAUCCAUUCUGCUGGCCAGAAUGGUGAACUCUCAGGCGAGACUUUUAUACUAUUCAACAAACAGAUGAAGGGCAACAAGAGAGAGCUGAUUCAACUUGGUGUUCCAAUUUUUGGACCGAUCAAGGAGGAUGCCAAAAGCAAUAUAGAGCCAAUUCCAGCUCUUCUUCGAAGUGUCAUUGAUCAUCUUAUUCAGUGGAAACUACUUCCAGAGUACAAAAGGCCAAAUAGUUGCAUCAUCAACUUCUUUGAAGAGGGGGAAUAUUCUCAGCCAUUCCUUAAACCACCUCAUCUGGACCAACCUGUGUCUACUCUGCUUCUAUCUGAAGCAACCAUGGCUUUUGGGCGUACCCUUACCAGCGACAGUGAGGGGAACUACAAGGGGCCACUCAUGCUCUCACCGAAGAAUGGGUCUCUUAUAGUGAUGAGAGGGAACAGUGCUGACAUGGCAAGGCAUGUGAUGUGCCCAUCCCCAAACAGAAGGGUCAGCAUCACCUUUUUCAGGGUAAGGCCGGACUCCAACCAAUGCCAAGCACCAAAUCCUUCCAUGCCAAAUACAAUGACUCUUUGGCAACCUGGAAUAGCCAGCCCAUAUGCUUUGGCAAAUGGAGCUCUCAGUGGCAAUGAGGCUGUGGAUAUGAUGCCCAAGUUGGGAAUAAUUCGUGCCCCAGUGGUCAUGUUAACCCCUAUGCGCCCUAUGGUGUUGAGUUCUCGAAAGCUUCCUCGUGGUGGGACAGGGGUGUUCUUACCCUGGAACGUGCCUUCUAGAAAACAUGCCAAGCAUCUUCCCCCUCGAGCCCAGAAAGGACGGCUUCUGGCAUUGCCUCCCCCAGUUGAGUCUCACACUCACGUGGAAGAGUCCACUUCCGGACCCACCAUUACUGUUGAAGAGUAAGUCUGAAUUUAGUUUGAAGCAGCGUGCCUUGGGUUCAAGCAAGUAUGAACCGAGGAAGGUGGUGGCUUGGUUUCAUUGUCCUUGAUCAACUGAGCCUGGGUGCUGUUUGAGCAGUUUGGUUCUUUCAUUUUCCCCACUUCUUCUUCCGGCCACUUUAAGUUAGAUUGUAUCGAUGAUCGCAGUAGUUUUUCUUAAUGGAUGUCAAUCGCAGCAGCGAGCGUUUCUGAGUAGUGAUCGAGGUUUCAAAUUCCAGUUAGUGAGAAUCAUCUUAGAGGGUAGAAUUUUGUAUCGACUGUAAUGUAUGUUAAUCUUCUUUUGAAAAGGGCCAAAUCAUCUUCGGAAUGCUA